AUGUUCCGAUCAUGCCUAGCUAGGCCCCGCCUGAAGUGGUUGGAUACCUCAGCCGCAGCAGUAGCCAUCUCUCCUCCUCUCAGACUCAGACCUGGAGGCCGCAGUCUCCAUCUGGCACCGCCGUUUCUCCUCGAUGAUUAUAUACCGCGAUACCAGCUGCUGUCAUCCACAGACGCGGCCAAGAAAAGAUCCAAAGCCUAUGCCCACCUCCGGCAAUGCAACCUCUGCCCUCGCCUCUGCAAUGUCAACCGCUACGAGACGACGGGACACUGUCUGAUCGGUGCCGAGACAGUCAAGGUGUCGACCAUCGCACCGCAUUUCGGUGAAGAGCCGUGUCUACAAGGCCAUAAUGGCUCUGGGUCAGUUUUCUUCUCCGGCUGCAACCUGCGCUGCGUGUUUUGUCAGAAUCAUGACAUUGCCCAUCAGAAGAGCGGGUUCGAUCUGACGCCUGAGGAGCUUGCAAAUUGGAUGCUGAAGCUACAGGAGGUGGGUGGCGUGCAUAACAUCAAUUUUGUCACACCAGAGCACGUCGUACCGCAGGUCGCACUGGCCAUCCUCACCGCACGAGAUUUAGGACUGAAAGUCCCUAUCGUCUACAACACCAGUGCAUUUGACAGUCUGGAAAGUCUCCACCUGAUGGACGGCCUUGUAGAUAUCUACCUCCCAGAUUUCAAGGUUUGGAACAACGAUACAAGCAAAAGGCUCCUCAAGGCGGAUGCCUAUGCGGACGCCGCCAGGGAGAGUAUACAAGAAAUGUACCGACAGGUGGGUCAUCUGUGCUUCACAGGUGACGGUAUCGCGAAGAAAGGCGUGCUCGUGCGUCAUCUGGUCAUGCCCGGCAAAGAACAAGAAGGCGUGGAGAUAAUGAACUGGCUGGCCAGUGCCCUAGGAAAGGAUGUCUUUGUCAAUGUCAUGGAGCAGUAUUUCCCUACCGCCCAUGUCGGGAAGGAGAAGAGGGGCGCCAGCGUCAAAGAGAAGCGUUACUCUGAAAUCGAUCGCGCUGUCAAUCGCGAUGAAAUCAACGCCGUGCAGAAGGCAGCAAUAGAUGUUGGCCUCUGGAGGUUCGCUGAGGCUGCAAGACAUGGUGGUUGGAAUGUGUGA